CCCAGUUUUAGAGUUCCAGCAGAAGAGGCUACGAUGCUGUGGAUCCUGCUGGGUGCCUUCCUUCCGGCCCUGAUCCUGGCAGCGCCACCUCCCAUUAACAAGCUGGCCUUGUUCCCAGACAAGAGCGCCUGGUGCGAAGCCAAGAACAUCACGCAGAUAGUGGGACACAACGGCUGCGAGUCCAAGUCCAUCCAGAACAGGGCCUGCUUGGGCCAGUGCUUCAGCUACAGCGUGCCCAACACCUUCCCCCAGUCCACGGAGUCCCUGGUGCAUUGCGACUCCUGCAUGCCUGCCCAGUCCUUGUGGGAAAUUGUGACGCUGGACUGCCCCAGCAACGAGGACAUCCCCCGUGUGGACAAGCUGGUGGAGAAGAUCCUGCAUUGCAGCUGCCAGGCUUGUGGGAAGGAGCAGAGCCAGGAAGGGGCGCUCUUCAACGUCUACCUGAACGCCGAUGAGAACCUCCCCGGCCACCCCCAGCAGGAGGGGGAAGAUGCCCCCGCCCCCCCGCCCCACCACCAGCACCACCACCGCCAGCACGAAGAAGAGGCCGAGGAGUGAGCGCCAGGCUCCCAGGACUGUCCCCUUCGGCGGAGGCUGGGAUAGCUUUCCUUUCUCUCCAAUAGCCAUCAUGCUUUGCUCUUAGCCAUUUUGCUGUUGGGGAAGGGGCCGAGCGGAAGCAGAAACUUUACUGGGGCACAACUGGGGCGU